GCUAGUAGUGGAGCAUAUCGGACGAUUUUAAAGUUGUUAUCCGAGCGCGUCCAGUACAUUAACAACUUAAUUCUCAUUAUUGUCCGCCAUGAUUGUUGUUUCCCUUCCUGCUUUCGCGUAUCAGGGCGCAUAAUAGUCAAGUUUGUCGUGUAUCAGUGACGUUCAGGUCGGAUGAAAGCGACCUGGUCACAUUUGAAAAGAUCAGGUAUCAGAUUUAGAGCCACACAUCCCGAGUCUCAUUUGAAACAAAAUCCGAUUUGUGUUGUUCAGACUGUCAUGAAAGCAUCAGAUAGAAGUGGCAUUAAAGCAAAAAAGAAAAAAACUAAUGCUAAAAAUAUCGAUUUGAAUUGCUGUGUGUGAACGUUGCCUUAGUCUGGACAACUUAAAGGAAACCAUAUGUGACUGCAUAAUAUUUACAGAAUGACCUGAUGGAGAGCAGUGCAAGUGCUUUAGUGCCAUUUGUAAGAUGUGAAGUAAAUAAAAAGGACUUCAUGGCAUGACUCCAGACACAAUUCGCUGUUGACUACAACAAGCAUGAAACCAUCAGCAUAUUCAGUUGCUUAAGGGAAUCUCUGUUGGAGGCAGAACUGGGCUUCUGCUGCAUUUUUGACACCUUCCCGGACCAAUCAGCGGCAGGCUUCAGCAGCGUGAAGACCAAUGGCAGCAUCCUGUGGGCGUCUCUGGCCACACUGAGUGCGUAUUUUGGAGUUUGGUAAAUGACUGCAGCAGGAAAAUACAGUGUCGAAGCGCACAGAGCUGGCACUGCUGUGUGUAUGUGUGUGAGUGCGUGUCGGUGCGCGCCAGGCAGUGGUCACCUCUCCUGCCAUGGAAGAGGGUCCACAUCGGUCGGACACACAGGGCUGCAUCUUAUUAUAAAACUCUGCUCAACAGCGGGACUCUGUGCUUUUGUUGGGAUUUAACGCGCCCGGUGCGCCGGUGGGAGCGGAUGAGGAGCACAGCAGCGGUCGCCGGCGCGUCUCCAACUUGACCACCACCAGACAAUGGGAGCAGCUGAGCCGAGCUGCUGCAGCGCCAAGUACUACUACAACUGCUCGCCCCUGGGAGAUAAGUACGAGGAUAAGAGGGAGAACCAGCAGCGAGAGGAGGGGGUAAAGAAGGAGAGGGAGAAGAGGAGGCAGACGUGUUGUACCUGCAGCAGCAGCAGCAGCGCCGGGACUCCCACAGCAGCCGAUACGCACAGAUCCAGAACGACGCUCCGGCUGCCCCAGGGAUCCAUCGCUCCAGGGACAAGCGGACGCCGGUUUCUGCAAUCAAACAGCCACUGAAGGAAUAUGUCUCUUUUCUCUGUUAACUGCGGCGGAGCGCACGGACCGGACCUUAGAGUCAUUGCGUGUAUUUGUGUCAGGUAUUAGCAGGCUGCAAGCGGCUGCUGUCCUCUGAAACCAGUGACCCCCCCCCCCCCCCACCCCCCCUCCCCUUCCCUUCUUUCCCAUCUUUGUCCCCUGUUGUCCCCCCUUGAACCAAAACCUGGACGAGAUUCCUCCUUACGGUCCCUCCGGCUGCCUCUGUCCGAGGUCCUGAACACAUUUUCGGGCUGGAUUCAGUGGAUUUUCUGUUGCGGCGGCGCUGGAGGAGUGAGAACGAACACAGGCAUGAUUUUAUGGAGAGAGAAGUGAUGGCCAUCCCGCGGCUCGGCACUGGAGAACACGGGAUCUGAAACGGACACUCACCCACAGAGAAGCAGGACUUUCCGGGCUCACCUUGGAGGUCAUAAACUAUCGCCCAAGCCCCCCCGCCCCCUGUCCCCGUCAACAGACCUCCUUCUCAGCCUUUUCUGAAGAGUGUCCAACACCUUCACAACCCCCUCCAAAUAAAAUGAGACUGGCAAAAAUGUGCCGACUGAACGCGCUGGGGAUCUAUUUGUGGGAAACGGUUUUAUUUUUCAGUUUAGCAGCAUCAAAAGAAGCUGCGGCGAGGAAAGCUGCCUCCCCAAUGCCACCAUCGGAGUUUCUGGACAAACUGAUGGGGAAAGUCUCGGGGUACGAUGCCAGAAUUCGACCGAAUUUUAAAGUGUGGAACAAAGACCCCAAAGGCUCGAAAAAUGAAGCUACUCACAAGAAAGGUCCCCCUGUCAACGUAACCUGCAACAUUUUUAUCAACAGUUUUGGCUCCAUUGCUGAAACAACAAUGGACUACAGAGUGAACAUUUUCCUGAGGCAGCAGUGGAACGACCCCAGGCUGGCUUACAGCGAGUAUCCCGACGACUCGCUGGAUCUCGACCCCUCCAUGUUGGACUCCAUCUGGAAACCUGACUUGUUCUUUGCCAAUGAGAAGGGGGCCAACUUUCACGAGGUCACUACAGACAACAAGCUCCUACGCAUCUCUAAAAAUGGCAACGUGCUCUACAGCAUACGAAUAACUCUGAUUCUUGCCUGUCCGAUGGAUCUGAAGAACUUCCCCAUGGACGUCCAGACCUGCAUCAUGCAGCUAGAGAGCUUCGGGUACACUAUGAAUGACCUGAUCUUCGAGUGGGACGAGAAGGGAGCCGUGCAGGUGGCCGACGGUCUGACGUUACCUCAGUUUAUACUCAAAGAGGAGAAAGAUCUGCGCUACUGCACCAAGCACUACAACACAGGUAAAUUCACCUGCAUUGAGGCUCGUUUCCACCUGGAGCGUCAGAUGGGUUAUUACCUGAUCCAGAUGUACAUCCCAUCGCUGCUCAUCGUCAUCCUGUCCUGGGUCUCCUUCUGGAUCAACAUGGACGCAGCGCCUGCCCGCGUUGGUCUGGGAAUCACCACAGUGCUGACCAUGACCACGCAGAGCUCAGGCUCCAGAGCCUCUCUGCCCAAGGUGUCCUAUGUGAAAGCCAUUGAUAUCUGGAUGGCAGUCUGUCUGCUGUUUGUCUUUUCGGCCUUGUUGGAAUACGCCGCCGUGAACUUUAUCGCCCGCCAGCACAAGGAGCUGCUGCGCUUCAGACGGAGACGACGACACAUGAAGGAGGAGGACCCGGGUGACGGGCGCUUCAGCUUCCCCGGGUACGGCAUGGGUCCUGCCUGCCUGCAGGCCAAGGAUGGCAUGGCCAUCAAGGGCAACAACAACAACGCCCCGACCUCGGCACCGCCCGAGAAGAGCAUUGAGGAGAUGAAGAAGCUGUUCAUCAGCCGGGCCAAGCGCAUUGACACAGUGUCCCGCGUGGCCUUCCCGCUCGUCUUCCUCAUUUUUAACAUUUUCUACUGGAUCAUUUACAAGAUCAUCCGCAGCGAGGACGUCCAUAAGCAGUAGCCGAAUGGAGGAAAUGGGCGACAGUGACGUGAAGCAAAGAAAGCAGCAAAACAAAUUGAAAAUAUGACACAAAGAUGACUCCAAAGCAGAUAUUAUUGCCCCUCUUUUCCAGCCAUACCUCCUGUCCUCUUCUUUCAUCCUCUUUCUCUUUGGUCAAAGAUUUGCUGCUUUUUGUGGCCCCUCCUUUGAGCCCCAUUUGACCAAACCGUUUGAAGCUUUUUAUUGCUUUUUCCUACCUUUCUUGCCCUCGUCCUGAAUCCCAGACCCUUUUUCCUGCCUCUUUAAAACCCCUCAACAGUCCGGACCAGUGCAAUAGCAAUGCAGUAAAAUGCAUGAUAUAUGAAUGUGGCAAUAUACGAAGAAGAAGCGUGAAAAAAUAAUCCUAAACUUUCCAAGACACACCCAGGAAACCGUUUGGGAGCGAAUGGACUGGAACAAAAGCAGACAAAAAGAUCUUGUAUUUAAUUUUAGCUUUUUUGUGACGACAGAAAUAUAAUUCUAUAUGGAAAUAUGACGUAGGGAUGGGGUGGGAAAGGUGCAAGAGGCAUACAGCAGUGUAAUAUAGUUAUUUAUCAUAAAUGGAAGAUAUAUGGACCAUGUCUCCAAGGACGGACUUCUGGAACAAAGGAUGUUUUACCCCCAAAAAAGAAAAGAAAGAUGGCGGUUCAGUGCUUCCACUAAAUUAAUUGAUGCAAGGAUCAUGCAUUCUAUAUAUCUAGAUUUGCUUCAAACAUGCAUUGCAAGCACUUGUCAAAGCUUUCCCUCCCUCCUGCUGCCAGCCCCACAAAAACUGCAGAGACACUUGAAGUUUGUCGCUACUGCUGGACUAAGAAAAUAAAAUGAAUACAAGACACAAAAAAAAAUAAUGGACACCCAGAGCUGAUUAAGACCUAUGAUCAACAUCUAUCAGUUCUUAAUUACUUUCACUCUGCAUCUUUGUGGUUUUUUUGUUUUGUUGUUUUCUUUUCUUUCUUUUUUAAAAUAUAAAUACUAAUUAAUAUAUGUGCCAACCAAACUUGUCACUUGUGGCUGUGCGGCGCUCGUCAUCUCUGACUUCGUCACCUGGAGGGAGGGCGAGCAGUUUGAUGUCUUUUGUUUUGAUCACUGAUAUUUCAGUUCGACGCCAUUAGCCGAAGAAAGACCAGCUCGAUCCUUGACCGGAGUAAAAAAACGCAGAUUCUGAUUCGUUUUCCUUUGCUGUAUUGGUUGGGACUGAAACAUUCACAUGUUUACAUCUUUGUGCUUCCUUGCUUCAACCCCGCCUCAAUGUGACGCCAACAUCCCCCACCUAUCCUGAUCCUGAGCAAGAGGACAAACGUCUUAAAUCAUACAUAAAACAUUGAACUUUAUGUAAAUCUUAUCCACAUGGACCAAAUGUACCUGUGAACUUCAUGGAACUGCAUCACACACACACAGAGUGCAACACCUGGAUUUAUUUCACCACACUGGAUGGGAUUUGAUCAGUGAAACUGGUUGAUGUGAUCGAUUGAUAAUUUUGCUUUGCACCAGGCUUCUCUAUGCAAUGAUCAGUAUAUGCAAUUUUAAUUUUUACUUCUUCACUGCUCUUCCAUCUCAAGUGGUUACACUUUAACGAUUAGAGGUGAGAAUGCCAAGGUAUUGACCUCUUUAAGGCACUUUUGGCCCAAAAGCAUGCAGAUGCCUGCAUGAAAAACUGGUCUGUAAAAAGAUAUGGACUGAGCCAAAUCUAACUUAAUAUUAAGAUUUUCCCCAUGUUUAAUGCACAGAAGAUUAUUAUGUUUGUUAAGUCAUCUGCAUAUUAUACGCAGAAUAUCCCUAAGUGCUUUUAUGCUUUGAAAAUGUUAAAAAAAUGCUACAAUUCUGGGAAAUUACCAGUUUUUUUAGCAAAGAAAAAUCUAAAAUUUACCUUAUAGAUGUAGUUACUGUUGUAACGUUAUUUAAUAAAGAGAUUUAUUUAUUCUGAUGACAUAAAAUGUCUUUUAGCACUUAAAAAAAUAAAAAUAAAAAAUGGCUCAAAGUUAUAUGAAUUGAGGAAAAUCACUGGCUUAGCAUCAUUAGCCAGGAACAGUAUUUUAUCUCUAGUUUUGUUGCCAGGUUUUAUUCAUGAAAAGUAAGACCGAUCACUCAUUGUUAUCAUGCUCUAAGAAUGAUACAUUGACACACAUACGUUAUAUUUUUAGAACUAGUUUCAGAUGCUAAUUUUCUGUAUGGAACUAAAAAAAACAUGGUGCCCUGGGAAUAUUAGAGCCUUUUGUAAUGUUCCUGUUAUCUGCUGUGUACAUUUGAAGAAUACAAGGUUCACUUCAUAGCCAGCCACAUUAUAUUUAUAGCUAUAUUUAAUUAUAGAACACAUUUUCUGAAAAUCCUAAAAUAGAUCUGAUGGUAUAGGUUAUCUGUCAUAUCCAAAAUCUGUUGUAUCCCAUCAUGAAUAUAUCCCAGGCUUUGUGAAUGAAGGUAUGUGAGACUGAUCUGAAGGGCUAUGCCACUCAUUGACUCCAUUCUGAUUCUAGAUAUUAAAAUAAAAAGUGCCAUAAAAACACACAUCACCCAAAAAGCUAUGCAUUUCAUCCAAAAUACAUUUUUCUAAAACUUGUUCUCCUGGACCUCUAUGAGUCUUGGUUAAAUUUGUGUAGGUUGUGCAUGUUUCAUUUAUAACUGAAGGCCAGGUUGCAGGGGCAAGACAUUAAGCAGAGAUUCCCAGACCUGUCUCUUCCCAGUUACCUCCUACAGCUCACCUGGAGGACGCUUGGAGUCCAGAAAGUCCUUGGCCAACCCAAACCCUAAUUCCAGCUGACACCAAAACCAUCUUGAUUAGUUUCAAAGUAAUCAAAUAAAUCCUGGAAGGUUAAUUUUAGUAUUAUAAAGUCCCAAAACAAAUGUAUAUUUUAUGCUUCCUUGGAUAUUUUUCAACAUAUAGCCUACUGGCAAAUAGCUUUGCAGAUGAGAACUUAAAAACAUAUUGUGGGAUUUUCACAGAAUCAUUUGAUUUGUUUAAUCAAAGUGGCAGCUUCUGUGAGACAAACAGUUUCGCUUUAACAUAUUCUAAAAAAUAUUAAUUAAUUAUUCAAAAGACAAGAAAGUUCAGUCUUGGGCUAAUCUGGAACUAUGGAAUCUAAUUCUUUAUCUCUGCGUGUAUUAAUGUCUCUGCCUUUCUGAAUAGAACUGAAACCAGAAUAAGAAACCUCAGAAACGGUCUCCGUCUCAUUAGAAAAUAAUUUUUUCUUCUGUGCCAUAAACACUCCAACUUGAAGCACUUGUUCAUGAGCCAGCAUCCGUUUUCCUGGAGCACACACACGUAUCUUCUUGUGCCAUAUCGGGGUUGAAUAUGCAACCAAAAAACAAUGGGAAUACAAAGAAAAUGAAAACUGGACCUACAAGCAUAUCAUGAAUUUUUCAACCACUUUACAUGAUUCAUGAGCCUUUCCUCUGGCAUCGCUCCUCUGUGUACCAUAACUUCUUCAUCAUCAGCCUCAUAUUAUUGUAUUAGUCAUUGAUUAUAAUGUAAUGGUUGGAGUUACAAAUGGUAUAAUAUGUAAAAAAAAAUAAUUAAAAAAAAUUGGAGUUUAUAUUGCAUCAUAUUGAAAAAGAAUAAGAAAGAUAAGUUUAUCAAACUUUAAUUUCUAGGCUGGAUUUUAAAGAAAAACGGUUUAAUAUUUUGAUGGUUAUUAAUUUUGAGGAGUUUUUUUGCUUGUAUUUUAGUGUAUGUAUUAUACAAUCUGAUGCCCAGAGGGAAAAGGAAAAAUACAGUGAAACCUGUGCUGAAUUAAUGGAAUUACUAUUAUUCAUUUACUGAUCUUCUUUGCAAAAGUUGGAAUGGCCUUAAUUUUGCUUUACCUGCUUCUAUUGUGUCUGGCACAAAGUGCAGCUCUUUUUAAUUUGCUAAAUUUUUGAUGCUAAUUAUGGCGCUUAUAUAAGCUGAGAGUGCACAUCAAAGCAAGGUGAAAAAGUUCUGCAAAUUCUGUUUAUUUUUCAUUAAUCUGAGAAACUAUAUUUUGCAUGAAUAUAAAUAAAAAUGGCAGAUAUUUUGGCUUGUACAAAAAACGUGAAGCAAUUUGAAGAUGAAAAAAAGAAUGUACUGUUCCUGCUGUAUCUGUAUAUAUCUGAAUAUUUAUUAAAAAAAAAUGUCAUACUACUAAUUCUAUUAACGAUUAAAGGUUUUCUGGACAAAAAUCUCUUUACCUGUUUUUGAACAUUGUCAAGAUUGUUGGAGUUGGAUCUUCUGCUUUCUGUUACUCGACUCAAGGAUCUGUGUAAUCAUUAAAGAAAAACGUAUUAAAAAUCGCAAAUAAAA